AUGGCAUCAGCUCGUAACUUUCAAUUUACGAUAGGUUCUAAUACCUCUGGUUAUCACGCCGGCGGAAAGUCGAAUCUUAACAAUGCAGAACAUCAUUUAUUUGAUUUUAAAGCUGUUUCUUCAUCCACAGAUAACCAUCAGUUGAAUGAAAAGGAUAGGGUCCAAAUCAACCAGAGUAACUUUAUAGACGAAAGUUUUGUUGAUUACUCAAAGUUUUACACAGAUCCUUUAGUAAAAUUUGAGCAAUCAUAUAUAGCUGAAAAGGAGGAGGAAGUGGAAAAAUUACAACAUACGUUACAAAAGAUUGACGACCUGGUGAUUAGAAAGAUGAAUUACCUGAAUGAUGCCAUGGAAAUUUAUGAUGAUGUUAACACUGAUGCGACUACGGAAGUGAUAGAUCAACUUCAAGAAGAUUUGAUAAAUUAUGAUAGUGACGAAUGUAAUUCCGAAUCAAUUCAUCCCGUCAAGAGAAGAAAAAAUGAAAGUGAUCAUACGAUAUCAAUUAAAAAGCACAAAUGUGACGAGCCUGGAUGCAACAAGUUUUUCAGUACAAAGAGUAAUUUAAAGGUUCAUCAACGUUCUCAUACUGGCGAAAGACCUUUUAAAUGUAAAGAAGAUGGAUGUACAAAGACCUAUACCACUUCACAUGGAUUAAGAAUUCAUGAACGAAGUUAUCAUGGAGAGAAACCUUUCUCUUGUGAUGAGCCCGGAUGCAAUAAAUCAUUUGGCACGGAAAUUAAUUUGACGAUUCAUAAACGUUCUCACACUGGCGAAAGACCAUUUAAAUGUACGGAAUCAGGUUGUGCGAAAUCCUAUACUACUUCACAUGGAUUAAAGGUACAUGAAAAAAAUCAUAAUGGGGAGAAGUCCUACGUAUGCGAUGAGACUGGAUGCGAAAAAUCAUUUUUUACAUCAAGUAGUUUACAAGUUCAUAAGUGUAUGCAUUCAAAGGAUAGACCUCAUGCAUGUGAUGAACCAGGUUGUACAAAGACAUUCAAACGUUCUGAUGAUUUAAAAACUCACAAACGUAAACAUACGGGAGAUUUGUAUUUCAAGUGUGAAUUUGCUGAAUGUUAUAAGAAAUUUUCUAAAAUGAGUCACCUACAAAAUCAUCGAAGAGUUCAUACAGGAGAAAGACCUUAUGAAUGUAAAGAUUGUGGCAAGAGAUUUAGUCAAUUAGGCAAUUUGCAAAUUCAUGAAAAAACCCAUUCUGAUGAGAAACCAUUCAUUUGUGGAGUGACUGAAUGUAAUAAGGCUUUUACUUUAUUGGGGAAUUUAAAGAAACAUCAAAGCACUCAUUCGGAAGAUAAACCGUUUAUUUGUGAUUUUCCUGGAUGUGACAAGACUUUCAAAAGGUCUGAUGUUUUAUUUAGACACAAGAAAAAUCAUGAUCUGGAGAAAAUCUAUUCUUGUGAAGAGACAGGUUGUAGGAAAUCAUUCACAAAUCUUACAAGAUUACAAACGCAUAAAUAUACACAUUUAGAUGAAAAGCCAUGGAAAUGUGAAGAACCAGGAUGCGGUCGAAUGUUCAGUAGAAUGAACGAUUUAAGAACUCAUCAGAGAUUACAUACCGGAAAUAAAUUAAUGGUUUGUUGCUAUCCGGAAUGUGGAAGAAAAUUUACUCAUUCGGGUCAUCUAAAGGAUCAUGAGAGGUCUCACACCGGAGAGAGACCUUUUCUAUGUGAUCAUCAGGGGUGUUUAAAAGCAUUUACUACUGCAAGCAGUUUGCAAAGACAUAAAAGGAAACACUUUGAUGAUUAUAUUAAUUCCAUUCAUACAAGUGCUAUCUAUGUAUGA